AUGAAAAACAACAGCCCAUCCGAAUGGGGGAAGGCAAUUCAGAUUGCUUUAAAUAAGACAGGGGACGGUGAGAUUAUAAACAUGCUGUAUGCGGAAUCCCUAAUAGAAGAGAUUGAGGACAGACGUCAAGAACCGGCAAAAGGUGAGUUCAGACGAAAACUUCCCGUCAUUCCACGCUUAACGCACGCUGAUGAGAUCAACGCUUGCUUGAAAUCAUUGCCACUGUGGCGUAAUGUUGAAAAUGUACAGCUGAAAGUAAAUAUACGCGUUCAAAUGCUUCAAGAUCCACCCGCUGAAACAUUCUCAAAACAACUGUUAGAUAUCGGCGAUGGAAAAGUAGCUGUACAUGAAAAUACUGAAUGCAUAAAACUGCCGACCGAUUUCUGCAUAAUCAUUAAUUCGCAAAAUGCUCUCAUUGACCAGAUAUUUCCCGAUAUAGACACACAAUACUUGAAUCAUGAGUGGCUGACAGAAAGAGCAAUUUUUGCAGCAAAAAAUGUGGACGUCAAAGAUUUGAAUUUCAAGAUACAACACUUGUUGCCAGGGGACUUAGUGUCAUACAAAUCUAUCGAUACAGUUUGCGAUACCAACGAAGCUGUCAAUUAUCCAGCAAAGUUUUUGAACUCAUUGGAUUUGCCAGGCACGCUACCGCACCAUUUACGACUAAAGGUUGGAUAUCCGGUUAUUUUGCUUCGUAAUUUGAACCCACCACAGCUGUGCAAUGACACCCGAAAAUAUUGCACAUUCCGUAUCAACGUCUGCGAAACCAUGCCUUACUACUCCAAAAAGGGGGCUAUGUAA